CGGGGAGCUCGGUCGAAUCCAACGGCUCCCGUCGAGUUCCGACGCCGCUCGGCAAUGGAAACGAAACCGCCAUCGUCGUUUCUCCUUCCCGCUCUUUCCACUUCGCACUCGAAGACUGCACACGCGCAGCGCAUAGCAGAAUCGCCGGGAGAGCAUGUGUGGAAGAGCUCGUUGCAGCCUCAGGGCCGACGACAUCCCCCGCGCCGCUCACCGCGGCGGUCAACCCUCCCGCACCAUCGACAUGGACCGGUACCGCCCGGGCUAUAAUUUCUCGCCGGGAUGGAAUGUGCCGGUGGUGCGGAGGGAAGAGAAUUCCGACGGGGAUGAUUACGUGCUCCACUGCAUGAAAUGGGGGUUGAUUCCCAGUUUCACCAAGAAAAACGAGAAGCCUGAUCAUUAUAAGAUGUUCAAUGCUCGGUCAGAGUCGAUAAAUGAAAAGGCUUCGUUUCGUCGUCUCAUUCCCAAAUGCCGGUGCCUUGUGGCUGUUGAAGGAUUCUAUGAAUGGAAAAAAGAUGGAUCCAAAAAGCAGCCAUAUUACAUUCAUUUCAAGGAUGGUCGUCCCCUUGUAUUUGCUGCUCUGUAUGAUUCAUGGAAGAACUCAGAAGGUGAAAUUGUUUACACCUUUACCAUUGUCACAACUUCAUCAUCGCCAGCUUUGCAGUGGCUACAUGACAGGAUGCCCGUUAUUUUAGGUGACAAGGAGUCAACUGAUAAAUGGCUGGGUGGCUUGUCUUCUUCCAAAUUAGAUACUGUGCUCAAACCAUAUGCAGAGCCAGAUCUGGUUUGGUACCCUGUGACACCUGCUAUGGGCAAGCCAUCAUUUGAUGGACCAGAAUGCAUUAAGGAGAUCCAACUGAAGAAAGAGGACAAAAAUAUGAUUUCAAAAUUUUUCACGAGAAAGGAAAUCAAGAAAGAAGAAGAAGCUAAGGGAGAAGAGAAAAGUUCUCAUCAUGAUUCUGUCGAGACUGAUGUGCAUACAAGCUUUAAAGGGGAACCUAAAGUUGAAGACUGCAACGAAUUCUCAUCGCCAACUGAUAAAUCUGACGUUGCUAAACAUCUUGAUGACGCAACCGGACAGGGCCAAGUCAAAAGGGACUACAAGGAGUUCUCAACUGAUUCCGAUCAAGGCACAUACCAAACAAAUGUGACCCAAACAAGUCCAUUGAAGAAGAAAAGAGAGGUUAAGAGUAAUGAAGAUAAACAACCGACACUAUUUGCAUACUUUACCAAAAGCUAGUUUGGAUGCUUUAGCAAGAUUUGUGGCUUCAUUUAUGUCCCUUGUCUGUAUAAAAUCGUACUUGUUGUAUAGAGUGGUGACAGCUUACCUCCAUUUUGUUGUUGGAAAGAGGUGUAGCUUGUAUUGCUUGGUGAUGUGUAUAAGUUGCAUUUUGCAGGGACAUGAAAAAACAGAUGAAUCUGUAAGAUCUUUGGGCUUGCAAAUUAUCGUUGUUAGCUGUGUUUUUGCUUGUGACAA